AUGUUCCCUGGGUUGAGUACAGUCUUUCUGAUACUAUCAGGAGUGGAAUUCUUAAUCGGAAUUCUAGGCAAUGUGUUCAUUGGACUGGUACUCUGCUCUGAAUGCGUUAAGAACCAAAAGACAUCUUUAUUUGACUUCAUUCUCACUGGCUUGGCUAUCUCCAGAAUCAGUCAACUGUUGGUGUUUUUUGUGGAGUCACUUGUGAUGGGACUAGAUUCACAGGUAUUUGCCAUUUUUAAACUAGCAAAACCCAUUACUUUACUUUGGAGAAUAUCUAAUCAUUUGACUACCUGGCUCGUCACCUGUCUAAGUAUUUUCUAUCUCCUUAAGAUAGCUCAUUUCUCCCAUUCUCUUUUUUUCUGGCUGAAGUGGAGAAUGAACAGAGUCAUUCUUGCGAUGCUUGCAUUUUCUUUGGUCUUUCUGAUUUUGGAUAUUCUUUUGCUAGAAACAUUUAAUGAUCUCUUCUGGAAUUUAAUAAAUGAAGACAAUUGGACUUUAGUUGAAAGUAAAACUCAUUAUAUUAAAAGUGAGAGUCUUCUUAGUUUCUCCUAUUUCAUUCCUAUUGUUCUGUCCCUGCUCUCAUUGUUUAUUUUAUUUUGGUCCUUGGUGAAACACACCAGAAAUUUGCAGCUCAAUUUUAUGGGUUCCAGGGACUUCAGCACAAAGGCCCAUAAAAGAGCCAUGAAAAUGGUGACAUCAUUCCUCCUCCUUAUCAUGGUUCAUUUUCUUUUUACACAAUUGGCAAAUUGGAUGUUUCAUAGGUUUUUGGACAAUAAGUUCACAAAGUUCAUCAUGUUAGCACUAUAUGUCUUUCCUUCAGGCCACUCGUUCAUGUUGAUUCUGGGAAAUAGCCAGUUAAGACAGAUAGCCUUGAAGGUACUGAAGCAUCUUAAAAGCUCCUUAAAAAGACAAAAUCCAUUGGCUUUAUAGAAACACUUUCAGAGUCUUUUCAAAGAUGAAAACUUUAGGAGGAGAUUUUGAGGGUUAAUUUUCACUUCUACUAUUUUGUUUUUCCUCUUGGGUUCCUUUAGGUAUUGUUGAGCAUAACUGAAAUUUUCCCUAGAACAGGUAGCUUUUGAUGAUAAUUCACACAUGUUCAUUGGUUACCAAUAUUUAAAAGUUUCAAAUAUUCUUUUAAAGAGAGUUAAAUUAGAUUUCUGAAAAAGAUGUGUGUAAUUUCAACUUGUAUAUGGGAGAAGAGGCUUGUAACUCUUUAGAAAUUAAGAUAAAUCCUAAACUUGACUAAGUAGAAGAUCUAUAAAAUAUUGAUAGAAAAGUUAACUAAGCAGCUAAAGUCAUAGGUGGGAAAAACAUAACCUCAUAGCUCAAAAGUCUUAAAAAGAAAAAAAAAGGCUUUGCAUUGUUAUUGGGAGUCUUACUGAUAACAAAAGAAUGAGAUGUUUCAGAAUAAGAGUGAUAUUCAUAGUGCUGCUGCCAAUAUAGACGUUAUCUGCAAAAACAUGAAAAAGACCUCUUCCUUUC